ACUGUAGGCAUUUGUACACGUGUCUACGGCGUACUCGAACUGCGACAGAGAUGUUAUUGAAGAAAAAUUCUACCCGCCAUCUAUCGAUGUUAAGAACGUCUUGGAAAUUGCCAAGUAAGUUUAUAGGUUUUCAUUAUAAAGGAGUUAGCCUUUUUAGCUCACCUAUUUUUUUCUUCUUUCCUGCCCUAAUCCUGUUUUCCAUACGGUUAGCGAGAUUUUCCGAGGAGGUGGAAAAGCUGUACUGUCUUCUCAUAGUCAAUCAAAUAUGGUCUGGAAACUCUGCGGGAAUCUUUCGUUCUACCUUAUUGUUCAUGUUUAUGCGAACUUAUUCCCGGUGAAGACAAUGUAUUUUUUGCAUAAUAAAGCAACCAUCCAGUGGUAUCAUUUUUCGACUCACUCAACCGUAUACUGUAGAAAUAUUAAGGAAAGUUUCAAAAGAUUUGUGCAUGGUGAAGGCAUUUCAACAUAAAAUCAUAGCUCAUUAUAUAUAGACACUUUGAAGUGUCCCGAGUUUCCAGAGCAUAUAUGUCGAUUGACUAUGACUAUCUUUCCACUUUCAUAGGGGGGCAGGGACCAGAUAAGAGCAUAUCCGAUGUUACGAAACAGAAGAGUAUAUCACAUUUCUUAACUGUUGCAUGUACAGCGCGAAAUUUCAGCUCUUUAGCGUAGCAUUUUAUUAAAUGCCCUUUUAUGCAACUUCAUCGUUACCAUACAGCAUAUACAGGAGGGUGUCCUCAAAAAUGCAGUACUGUAGCUGUGUUUCAGAUUUUUUGCAAAGCUUAUUAUUUAUGGGCAUAUAUACAGCAUUUUGAAUAGAAGUAUAAAUGCCCAAGCGUGUGUUAGAACUGCCCAGUGUGUCAAGCUUGGUUGUUAUUUUCAAAUAUUUAGUUGGAUGAACGAUCAAAUGAUGAGGGAUGUAACUCCAGCACUCCUCGAGAAACGGCCAAACACCUACACCUUCACGAAGUCAUUGGCAGAGUCGUUGUUAUUCAAACAUGGACAUGAUUUACCUAUUGCUGUCUUCCGUCCUUCAAUUGUUGGAGCUUCACUUAGAGAACCUAUGCCAGUAAGUUAUUGGUACUGUACAUUUCCAUGUAGGUAAUGAACACGUAAUUUGACUGCCACCGUUUUGGGUGACAAAUGUUUAAAGCUAAAUAGAAAUAUACACGGCGUCAAUUCGCUGUCAAAAUUUCACAGUUUUACUUCGAUAGACCUCCAGUUGAGACAAUUUUCUGGCGAAUGGAUCUAUUCCCUAAUGAACAAAAUUUUGAUCUAGACAAGUCUAGACAAAAAUUUUAUCACAGCUUGAAAGACUAUCACAAAAUUAAUAAUAUUCCGAAGUUUCGUUGCAAAAUGUUGUAAAAUGCGGAUAAUAUAGCCCUGCGAAGUUUGCCGUUUUUCAGUCAUUUUGUAUUACGCACGGGAAAUUGAUACCCUUUUUCAGAAAGCGGUAGGGAAUAGUUCCAUUGAGACAAUCAUUAGGGAAUAGGUCCAUUGAGACAGUGGUUUCUUUUGCUGUCCAUAUAGUGCCGACCAUUGCUUUUGCCACCCAAAAUCGCGUGAUUUGUUCACGUUACGUAAUAUUCACGCGCGACUGCGAGACCUGAGUAUACAUAAAGCCCGUAUUCAAUUUCAAUCGCAUCGUAAUGUACCGAAGACUCCAUUUGUGUCACAGUAAACAGUAUACUGUCCUGGUGCUCAGGGCGCUAAGAAUUUCGCUACCUUUCGUUACGAUAUGGUAAUUGAAGUAGAAAACGGGCUUUAGUUUUGGGAUGGACAAAGACUUUUGUUUUUGACGAGGGGGUAAAAUGAAAAGAUGUCCAGUUUAGGACGGGCAUGAGAUUGGCAAGGACACCUCUGGCUUCUAUCACAGGACCAUUUUCUGAGAAACAUGAAGAGAAAGUUUUAAACAUGAUUUCUUAUACUGCCAAAUCAACUGAAAAACUCCCACUUUCUGGACUCUGGAGGUGCGAGUCCGGAAUCGAAACACUGCAUGCAUGGAAAGCGUUGAAGUCGUCGAAAAUAUUUCGUGGACUUAGUAUAGGAAAUUACACGGUUCGAGAAGUAUUAAUGAAAAAUCGCACGCGUGUUUGGCGAAAUAUUUAUAAUACCGCGAGUGCGUAGCACGAGCUGUAUUAUAAAUAUUUCGCCAAACACAAGUGUGAUUUUUUCAUUAAUACUUCGAGAACAAGUGUAAUUUCCUAUUAAUAUAAUUUUAUAGUCAAUUUUACACGAGCAAUCAAUGAUAAGAAACAUUUUAUAUAUAUGCGUUUUUUAAUGGCACACUAUCACAAAAAAUUGAAUUACAAUGUGCUUACAAUAAUUACAUAACUAAGUUAAUAAGGAUACAAUAAGUUUAAUACUAUAUUUACAAUUUAAAAAUUUAGAUGUGAGGAAAGUAUAUAUUGUAAUAGUUUAGAUAUUCAAAAACUAGUGUCAUGAUGACAUAUUUAAAACUCGAAUCAUACUUGGGAAAAAGCUUUUCUGAAAACGAUCAGUUCUACAUUUGAACAAUGACCAAUUGUUAGCGUUACGUAAAUCGUAGUUCACGUUUUCUCUAGUCUGAGGUAAGAGAGAAACAAGCGGUUGCCAUCAGUUAUCUUUUUUAUCGUUCUUCCACACAAAGCAUCGCGUCUCUCAUCUAGGCGAGAACAAUGGAGCUGACUCAAAGCUUCACGGUAAGACCUGCCAGGGAGGAUUAUAUUGAGUGCUUUUUUCUGAACUCGUUCAAUGCUGGUAGAUUGUUAUGCCAUACAAUGCAGCAGUACUCUAGUACGGAGCGAAUGAGAGCAUAGUAAAUAAGGAUCAGUUCAUGAGGUGGGAUUCCACCCCUUUUAAGAACUCUAAGAAUAUGAAAACGCUUGGAGGCCUUUUUAACAAUCAUGGCAAUAUGCCCAUUCCACUUAAGAUUAUCCUGUAUAACCAAGCCGAGAACCUUAUGAUGGGAAACGAUUUCCAGGGGGUGUCCCCUCAAAUUGAGACGUUCUAAAAUGGGUCGCUCUUUGAGGAAACAUACGUGCAUCUCUUUGCAUUUCUUUGGAUUUAGCUUCAUUAGGUUGUUAUCAGCCCAUGUGUUGACCUCAUCAAGGUGAUUCUGCAUACGGGAUUCACUGUUUCUUGACAGGGACUCUGAAAUGGAUACAUCAUCCAUGAAUUUCCAAGUACCAGUAUUCCCUGGGGAUGGGAUCUUUAGAUCGUUGAUCGUAAUCAAAAAUAAGAUUGGUCCCAAUUUUGUACCUUGUGGUACACCGGCUGUAACCGUCAACCAGUCCGAGGUAGCGCGACCAAGUCUAACAACACUGUCUACGGUUAGAUAGAAAACUUAUAUUCCAUGAGAUCAGAGAGCGCCUUACUCCGAUAUCGAUAAGCGUACUAAUAAACACAUUAUGUCCGAUACGAUCGAAGGCCUUUGUGUAGUCUAAAAAUAAUAGACGGAUAUGCUUAUCAGGAGAGUCAAGGUGGAAUAGCCAAUUAUGUAUCAUAUCGAGAAGGCAGUAUGCUGUUGAUGAUCCUUUCAAACAACCAAAUUGCUGUACGUCAAGAUUAUUCACGACGUCUUUCAUCAUCCAUUGUACAACAAAGUCCUCCAGGACUUUGGAAAGACAAGGGGUUUGUUUACAUUUUGAAGUGAAUGCUACAGUUGUAAAAUAUGAUUAGAUAUAUACUGUAUUAUACCGAAUUUUUAACUCUUCUGGUUCGCUAUACUUGUAAAUGAAUACAGACAAGAGAUUCAAUUCAAGAAAGUUUGGAAGGUGCGAAAUAUUAAUAACAUUCCAAUGGUCGGGUCCCGACCACUGGAAUGUAGGCCUGCGCAGAACGUAUGCGCAGAACGGACUUUACAUGGUCUUAAAGUACAAGUCCACAGCAGCGCAAAUAAAGUAGCCCGUCUUGUAAUAGUACAUUAGGGCCAUUUAUACGAGAGAAAAUAAGUCGCGACUUAGGCUAAUUAAGACGCGUCUUAUUUAAGUCACGAACACACUCGCAUAAAUGGUCAAUUUGUUCGUGACCAAUGUAAGUCGCGACUAAAAUAAGAACACGGGUUUAUGCUGGCAAAAUAAGUCGCGACUUAACAGAAAUUGACCAUUUAUACGAGUGUUUUCGUGACUUAAAGUGCCUAUGACACGAAAUUUCACCCCAAAGGUUUAUGGUUGCAUUGUAAAGAUCAUUUAAAAUGACUUAAUAAUUUCUUGUAUAGAAUUUUGGUAACUUGCUCCCUUUUCAAGAUAUUCAACUUUGUUUCAUAUGCAAAUAUCACCGGUGUAACAUCACAUCACAUAAUGAGUUUUCAGAAAAGUAUAGUUUUCUUGACGAAUACGUAUCUAAAAAACUUAAAAAUUGCCCUUGUAUAUGUAUUAAUUUCGUAACUGGUAAUUAACCGACUGUAUUUGUUUGUAAAAAUAUUUUAUCAAAGUAAAAUAUUGCGUUUUCAAAAUGUCAUUAUACGAUGUGAUGUCACACCGGUGAUAUUUGCACAUGAAACAAAGUUGAAUAUCUUGCAAAGGAAGCAAGUUACUAAAAUUCUAUAAAAGAAAUUAUUAAGUCAUUUUAAGUGAUCUUUACAAUGCAAUCACAAACAUUUGGGGUGAAAUUUCGUAUCAUAGGCACUUUAAAUAAGACGCGACUUAAUUAAGUCGCGACUUAUUUUCUCUCGUUUAAAUGGCCCUAUUGUACUAUUGUAAUCUUUCCAACGCUGUACGGUUUUCUAUGUUUAUUUCUGUAGGGAUGGAUUGAUAAUUUCAACGGUCCAAGUGGUUUACUUGUAGCUGUAAGUACUUAAUCGUAUGUUUUUAUACCCAUUUGACCGCGCAAUAUUGUAGACCCAAUGGAUAACACGUAUUUAUGACAGUUGCCACACAAUAUUGUAAAUACUUUGUUACUUUUGUUCCAUAUUAUGCUACCAUUUUAUGCUAUACCAUUAUUUCGGAAGUAAACAAAAAUUUUAUUUUGGCCAUGUUAUAUGAUUCUUCGUCAUUAUGUCCAUCAUUUUAUGUGUUUCUUUAGUAGAGCAUUUAAUUGAAAUAAUUCCAUAAGCUUUAACCAUAUUUUACUAUCUGGCCACUGUAUCAUACGACUUGUUCGGACGUAUGCUGAGCACAAUAGUAUAUAAAAAGCGUUCGUCCCAACCUUGAUGUUUUGUGAUCAGUUAGCCAAGAUAACUUCUCGUUGAGAAACCCCAAAUUUAGGUGAGCGGCCCUUGCUAUUCAUCUGAAAAGAUUAACUAGUGGUUGAAAUUCAUUGUGAGUUGUAUUCUAUUGUGAGUUUUAAAUUUUUUUUCGUCUUGCCUCUUGCGAAAGCAACGAUUCGCGUGAGCAUUUGCGAGCGUUUUGAGUAGACUCUAAACGAUUUGCAAUAAUUAAUACCUGAAAAUACAAUAGCAGAAUUAUCUACUAAAUCAUCGUACUGACUUUUGGACUCGAAAGAACUAAAUGUUGAAGGGUUUAUUGAAGAUGAAAAUUUUGAGGGAGGACCGCAAGUUAGAUUUCUGUCAGAGGGCCUAUCGAGUGAGACGCCCAAAAUCCUAGAACUUAUUUUACAUACACUUUCUACAAAGCUUUUUUUUAAAUUUGAAGAUUUUAUUUAAAAUUUUAAGACCGAAAUAAUGACGAUGGACCAGUGUUUUGUAUAAAUGAACGAUGAUUGAUUUAAAUUUUCAGGCAGGUAAAGGUGUAUUGCGAUCAAUGAUUGGUGAUGUGAAUGCUGUGUCGGAUAUCGUUCCAGUUGAUAUUGCAGUUAAUAUGUUAGUCGCUGUUGGAUGGUACGCUGGUACAAAACGGUAAGUAUACUACUCAUCGUUACUAAUUGCACAAUGAGAAACCUCGUAUUGUAACAACUAUAAUAGAUAUCUCCAAACGCAGAUUAGUUGAUCAUGCACUUAAAAGAACAGCCAGUAGCAAAAGACUUACCUGUGGUGCUGUUUAUAUGGAGGCUGGGCCGGUUAGCGAAACAGCCCGGUAAGCGAGAAGAUUUGCUAAUUCGCCAGAUCCGCCCUUGGAAUGAGAAAGUUGAAUCCCGACAUUGUUUUUGACACUAGUUUUCGCCGGUGAGUGUUGUGCAUAUAUGGAGAAAUUUCAUUCCAGUAAGCGAGAUUCCGCUAUGCGGCCCAGCCCGGCGUCCAUAUAUAAACAGCCCCUAAGAUUCGUUUAUAUUCUAAGAGUAUUUAGAGCAUUCUGUAGCAUUUUUGUUAUUUAACAAUUAUUCACCGAACUGAAGAUGAAGAGUGCAAGGUGAGUAUGGUAUUCUUUAAAGCUAUUUCUAUUUUCUAAUAAACAAAAUUACUAAAAGCGUGUAAAUGCUGUUUUGUUAGCAAAUAUGACGGGAGCUGAAAUACAAAUUGUCUUGAAAAGACUUUCGUUGCUUUUUGGUCAUUUUUGUUUUGUUGUGAUAUAUGCUAAAACAAUUAUUCACCUCAGUCUUGGUAAAUAGUGCAAGCUCUACACACUAUGCAUAGAUUGCUAAUUUGUCCUCCAGAUGCAUCGUCACCGGCGCUGUGACGUCAUGUGCAAUGGGUCUAUAUGCUAAUGUGUUUUAUUAUGUUUUACUUUCAUGCAUGUAUGCAUGUGACUUGCAAGCAAUCGCUUGCAACCACUCGCUUGCAAGUAGCGAUGGCAUGGAAAAUUUCAAACCCCUAUAAGAAUGUGGAAGUAAGGAGCGACAUAUUAUCAUCAAAGAUGGCUGGAUUCCAUGUUGGCAAACUGAUUUACUUGGAUAAGUUUCCUGUGUAGCCUGCGAAAUUUCGAGCAGAACUUCUGGUAUCCUUCUGGUAUUUGGAGCUUAGAAUUCUGAUAUCCUCUUUGGAUACUGAAAAAAAUCAGUCGGUUCAACCUUUUAUCUUAAGUCCAGUAUGAUUUGAAUAAUGUGUCGUUUGUUCUUUACUUCUCCUUAACCGUAACUCGUAGCUAUUUGUUUUAACACUUCUACAUGCAGUAUACAUAAAUUAUACAUCGGUUACAACCCUUACAAUAGAUAAUGUUUAAUCAGGGAUUAUUCUGUCUUUGCAGGUCACAAAGUAUCCCAAUAUUCCACUGCGCAACCGGCACUAUCAAUCCAGUUACUUGGGGAGAUUUAUGUAAGCCAAACCCUAUUAUUGUACAUCGUAGGAUUUUCGAAAGUUCCCGUACGUACUACCUUAAAUGAUCUAGUAAACGUCUACAGGCCUGCGAAUUAGUGCCGGUCAUCGGACAUUGUCCGGCCAAAUUUUACCUUUUGUCCAAUCAAAAUUUUUUAUGAUCGGACAUGUAACCGACCGAUUUAGGUUGGUCAGAUGUCCAAUCUCAAAAAAAUGAUUUUGAACACAAUUUCAUUAAUGAAACCAAAGCAAUAUAAACGACACUCUUCCAUUAUAAUUUCGUGGCUACAUUAAGCCGUAAGAUUUAAUUACAAAUAUAAACCGUCUUCUUAUAACAUGGUAGAUAUUAAAGUUAUGACUAUAAUGACUUAUGUAUGACCUGAACCAUAAUUUACUGAAAAUGCAGUGUAGGACUUUUUGAUUUAUACGCAGUUUUAGAUGCACUGCAGUGCAGACCAACAUGACAACAUUACACCAAUAUUAUAACCAUUGGCUUUUUCAAUCUCAACAUUUAGAAAACCCUCGUAUAUUCUGACUACCUCGGCAUAUAUCUUUUGCACAUGUUACUGUGUCCAUAUAUGGCAUUAUUUAAUGUCCAUUACGUCAUUGUUUACUACAAUAACCAGCCGAAAUACACCAUGCUAAUAUGAAAAAGACCAUGAAAAAUUUUCCUUUGUCCAUUGUCCGAGAAAAACUGAUAAGAUCGGACAUCUGUCCUUCCAGGCAAAAUAAUUAUUUGCAGGCCUGGUCUAAAAGUAUAUAUACUGUACAGUUACGCUCGAAAAUUCCAUCUACAAAAAGAGCCAUCCACUCUCAAAUAAUUGCCGGAUCCUGAGUUUGCCUUUUUCAAAUGUUCCUCAAAAGUGCGUAAAAACGAUGGAAAAUGUGACUGUACAUUACGUAUACUUAUUUCAUAAAGGGGUGGGAUGGAGGGAGUUUAAACUUUUCGGUUUAAUAGCUCCUCACAAUUGACCAUUUGCGUAAUAGACUAAAUUUUGAACUAAACAAGUCUAGACAAAUUAAGUUCAAUUUUGUAAUCUAAAAUGACUGAAAAUUGCAAAUUUCGCAAGGCUAUAUUUUCCGCAUUUUACAACAUUUUGCAACGAAACUUUGGAAUAUUACUAAUUUUGUGAUGCUCUUUCAAGCUGUAAUGAAAUUUUUGUUGGGAUCAAAAUUUAGUCUAUUACGCAAAUGGUCAAUUUGCAUGCCACAUGCACAGAUAAAGACCAUAUGUUGUGCGAGCAGCGCAUGCAAGGCACACCCCAACAGCGGCACCCAACUUCCGGUUUACUAGUUAUUAACUUUGGUUAAUGUGUAACCACGUUUAUUAUUAGCAUGACAAAAUUACUCGAUGCUGAUUGGUUGAGAGGAGUACAAUUAUUUCAUUAAUUGUACUGCAGUACAAUUAAUGAUUUUCCCAAAACAAACAAAAUGGCGGAAAGGUAUUUUAAACACAAAUGUGAAAUGAAAUUGCCCUCGAAGAACUAGACGAAAAUACGAACAAAAGCACGAAAUUUUGCUUUAACAAAAGAACUAGACGAAAAUACGAACAAAAGCACGAAAUUUUGCUUUAACAAAAGAACUAAAUGAAAAUACGAACAAAAGCACCAAAUUUUGGUUGAAAGUCUGGCAGGACUGGGCUUUUAAUAGCGGGAGAAUAUGAUGUUGACAUUGAGAAGUUGAAAGUCUGGCAGGACUGGGCUUUUAAUAGCGGGAGAAUAUGAUGUUGACAUUGAGAAGUAUCCAAUUUUGUCAUGCUAAUAAUAAACAAGUAAUCAUGCGAUGUUGCUCGUACAAUGCACCUUUCCCCUUAUAACUAAAAUUUCGAUCUAGACAAAAAUUUCAUCACAUCUUGAAAAGCAUCAUAAAAUUAGUAAUAUUUCAAAGUUUUGUUGCAAAAUCUUGUAAAAUGCGGAUAAUAUAGCCUUGCGAAGUUUGCCGUUUUUCAGUCAUUUUGUAUUACAAACGGGGAAUUGACAUCCGAUUCGGGUGUUGGGGCUGCAAUUUCCCGUUUGUAAUGCAAAAUGACUGAAAAUUGCAAACUUCGCAAGGCUCUAUUUUCCUCAUUUUACAACAUUUCGCAACGAAACUUUGGAAUAUUACUAAUUUUGUGAUGCUCUUUCAAGCUGUGAUGAAAUAUUUGUAUAGACUUGCCUAGAUCAAAAUUUUGGUUAUAAGGGGAAUGGUCCGGCGGCUCGUCCAAUUUUGGCAAAAUUUCGAAACAUCACUCGUACUAUUAAUCCCUAAUUGUACUCGCCAUCGCAUGAUUACCUAUACUAAUAAUUGGUAAAUUUGAUUACUUAUAAUAAGAUUACGUAAUAUAAAGCAUUCGCACUACGCUUCGUCUUGUAAGGGAAGCGGUAAUUAUUUAUGGCAGGGGUGGCACCGAAGAGAAAUGUUUUUCUUGCUGAUCCAACCAUUAGAAAUUUAAAAAAAAUUACCCAACCUCAAAUAUCAAUUAAAAAAUUAAUACCCACCUCUGGCCAAAAACUUGACAAAAGGAUGCCAUUCAGUUGUCACACAUAUCUUUACCAUUUCUGUGAUAUGUGUUUGAUAACUGCUUGUGCAAUUUUCUGCAGUCUAAAGUUUCAUGUUGUCUGCACAUGUACUUUCUUUGGAGACACCAUUUGCCUCCUGACAAAUCAGAAAAUGAUCAAGAUAGUGACUCUGAUUGAUUUACAUAUUGUAUUGACAUAUGACUGAUAACAUUGCUUUUUUAGUCUUCAAUAUUUGAGUGAGUCAUGCUUUGGAAAUUACAUUAAAUUUUUAUUGCCCAACCAUUGAGCUGUUUUGUCUUUCAUUUACAACCUUUUACUGACUCAAAAUGUUGUUUACCCAAACCUUUUCUCUUCGAUGCCACUCCCCACCAUAAAUAAUAACCGGUCCCUAAAUCCGAUACAGAUCGGCUGCUCACGCUCUACAUAUUGCUUGAAUAGUUUAGUAAGAGUCAUAGAAUUAGGAGAGUGGAAGGUUGUGGUUUUUGAUGCUGGUAUUCUACAUUUAUUUUCAGGUAAAAUUGUUUCUCCAUACCUCUGGGAAUAUCCUUUUGAGAGAGUAUUCAGAAGACCAAAUUUUGCGUUUGAAGCUAAAGAGUACGUAUACUGUAUCUUUUAUAGUGUAUCGGAAGCAGUGAGCACUAUAUAUUUAUCACUUAUUUACUGAGACCGGGAGAAACCGUGUGUUUUGUGUACCCGAGACCGCCGUUGUUGCCCGAGGCGAAGCCGAGGGCAACGGCGGUCGAGAGGCCACAAAACACACUGCUUUCCCGAGGUCUCAGUAAAUAAGUGUUUUGUUACAUAGUAUAUAAGUGUCAAAGUAUGAAUAAUUCACCGGUUAUUGGAGUGAACUUAAUUUGAAACCAAAACUGGAUAAAUGGAACUCCGUAAAUGUUUAGUAAAAAGUUUAAAAAAUGAACUUUGGACUUCGCGGUUGAUACACAUGCGUAUUGCACCCAUUUCAUUAUUGACCUGUCAAUAAAUGUUUUAUUGCGGACCGGUUGCCGAACAUGACGUUUUGUGGACCGACACGGUUUUGACCAAUCGGCAAACAGAAAAAUUGAACUUUGACACUAACUAUAUAGCAAAUAUAUAUAUAAUAUAUAUAUACAUAUACUCCUUGCAGCCUUGUGUUACAUUAAUUAAUAGAAAGGGACUGGUACUGGACGUCAAUUUCCGCUAGUUUGGCUUCACGUUUAGGACGGGGAAAAACUAUUCUGCACUCAGUUGACGUAGUGACAUCACACCGAAGAUUUGUGGGAAAACUUCGUUUUGGGAUGGGUUAGGUUCAAAAUCUCGGAGUGACGUCACUACAUCAAUUAUUGCUUUCCCUUUUUGGACGCGAGUUCUUACUCCAGAUAUAUAUAUGGAGCUCACUGAUAGGAAACUGCCGCUUCUUUCUGUAAAGUUGUCCACACUUACUUUCUCUCCAGUGUUGGCAGAUGAAUUUUGAAAAAGCUGAUGCUAGUACCAUGGAAUCUUCGUAUAGGAAACUUCCUGUCGUCACUGUCUAAACCUAGUUGCAAUCUGUGACGUCACGCGCAUUACCAAAGUUCUCGGUAUUUUUGUUGUUUCGCUAUAUUUUCCGCUUUAAAAGAGUAAUAUUGAAGCAUAAACUGGUCUAAUUGUUUUAAAAACAUGCCUAAGCCACGACAAAGUAUUCAAGGUAAAUGUUUUUCGUCUUUGUUUUCUAUUUUUUUACAUUUGUAGCUACGAAAUUGGCGUCGCCAUUUUAACGAAAUUUGCGAUGCAUUUUUCACUGUUUAGUGCUUGAAAUAUUUGCUAAAAUUGACUGGGAAUACUUAAAGAUUUUAUCGUAGAAUGGCGUAGUUAUAUUUAUUUGCUCUUUGACUAAAAUGUUUAGCUGCAUUAUUGCUAAACAUGCCGUUUUUGGGAAUUUGAUUUGCAACUAGGUUUGAACAUAUCCAACCACGCCAUCAGCCCAUUGAAAACAUUAGGUCACGUCAGCUAGUUUCCUAUCCAUUUAUUUUAUUAUCCAUGCUACUACAGAGUUGAAAAGUUCACAAAAUAUCUUCACAAAUUGAAAAAAGGUUUACCUUGCCCCUUGUGGUUAGACAAUGAUAAAGUUACAGCUGUAUGCAUUAGGAAGUGAUAGGAAGGACGCUUGUAUGCCCUCAUGUAAAAAUAAUUACAUUUUUAGGAUAAUUUGCAAUUUUUCAAAUGUGACAGAUGAACUCCUCUACCACCACUCCCUCAGUAUAUCUUUGAUUCAGCAUUUAGAAGCUGGGACCUAUGUGUGACCUUACGUGUGGCAGAACAUCCGGCCUCUGUAGAAACCCCAAAACAUCCCCAUUUAUUACCAUUAAUCUGAUCCAACCAACUUGUUCUCAAUUUCAAACAUCAAAAUGACCUUGAAAGGUUUCGAAUUCAUUUGUUCAUUAAAAGUUCGCAAAUUGAGAAAGUUCAUAAAAUGUGCACAAAAAACGUUUGUUCGCAAAAUUUGGAAAAUCGAACAAAACGUUCAUAAACUAUGAACUUUGUUAAUAAUCUGGUACCACCGACCCCUCGUGAACUGAAACAUGAGGGAAGAUGCAGUAGAGAUGGUUCCGCUUUAUUCGACAGAUUUAGAAAACACGACGCGAUCUCGAAGACGCCUUCGAAACAAAGGAAUUUUUCAUGCAAGCCACGAAAGUAUGAAUAGUUUGUAAUCCCAGGGAUAUUCUAAACAACGUCAUCCCGAACACAACUUUGAACUAAGAUUUUCACGUCUUUCAAGCAACUUUCACGCAUGUUGCGACGCUAGAGUUUUUACCUAAAUUCUGGCUUACAGCAGACCCAGUACCACAUCGUUUUUUUCAGAACUUAGCCAUUUGUAAGGUUAUUUUAAAAAGCUACAAAUAUUACAGUAAUCAAAUUCCUUAGCGCUCCUUUAUGAGCUGAAAUUGAGAUCGCGUUGUUGAGUCGUCUUUUCUAAAUCUGUCUAUAAACUGAAUUAAAGCCUGCCGCACACGAGAGCAACUUGCCGAGGUAACCGUCUCGUGGAGGCUAGUUCAGUGUGCGGAUAGUUUUCGUGAGGAUUUGACCUCUCGAGGCCUUGAGGAAAAUAUCUAUCGUGUUUGAUAUUUCUUCACCUCGCAAGGAAAAAAUCUCAACGUCUGCGGAUGUUGCGAGCUUAGUGCUGAACUGCUUGAAUUAACUAGCCAAUGAGAACCCAUAGUUUCUUCACGUGACUUUGGUCAAAAUGGCAACAAUGGAGAGAAAUGCAAACGAUCUUAUCGACGAUGUUGCUGUUGAGUAGCUUUCCCAACGUGUGCGGUGAAAAUGCAUGGUUUCUCUCGGCAAGUUCCUCUCGUGUGCGGCAGGCUUUACUUUACGUAGCCCUCUCUCGUUAGAAACUAAAUUAUAUAUUAAAGGGGUUCUGAUGUACAAUGAUGCCCGCAUUGUACGUUCCUUUGAUGUUCAUACAGCGAUGGCAUAUGCAUAUAUUGACCAGACCUGGAAAAAGUGCUCAAUGUUCCUCGGAUCCUGAAUUUGCCUUUUUAAAAUGUCCUCAAUUAUAUUGGUUGUAAAAUUGCUGAGGAAACAAAACAAUCUUCAAAUUCUAUUAACAGGAUAUGAAGAACACUUCGUAAUCUCAAAAUAGACUCAAAUGGCAGAUAACUAAAUAUGAUUUCUUAAAAUUCUUAAAAUUCAAAAUGUUCCUCAAUCUUGUUGCUAAGGCAAAUGUGCCUCGGGAUCCAGGAUCCGAGAUCCCACUUUUUUCCAAGUCUGAUAUUGACCUUUGGAUGCGAUUUUUUUCUCCCUUUUCAGGCUUGCUUUCACAUACUGGACGUACAUCAGUCACAGAAUCCCUGCUUGGAUUGCGGACAUUAUGGCGAAGUUCGUUGGCAAGCAACCAAUGUAAUGAAUAGUUUAUACAUUUCAUAAAUACCUACAUUACUGCAUGGAGGAAAAUGGUUGACACACAUUGCAAAAUUGAGUGAUGAUGUUUCGAUUAUAUUGCAAUAGACCUUUCAGCACGUACUGCGUGGUUGACCCAUCGAUUAGCCUGCUAAUACAGCUUCUAUACAGUAUAUCGCUUACGUACUCCGUAAUCGGAAAACCCGAAAUCAAAAUGCCUUCUCCGAUCCAAUUUAAAAACAGUAAUAGACAACUUGCAUGUUAGACUAAUUUUUGAUCCAGGCAAACAAAAGCAAAUUCCCGUAAAGAACUUAUUAAAAUUAGUAAAAUUGCAAAAUUUGGUUACGAAAUGUUGUAAAAUACGGAAAAUAUAGCGUUACGAACUUUGCAUAUUUUCAGUAUGUUUGUAUUACGUGCGGAAAUUGUUACCAUUUUUGAGCUGAAAAUGGUAACAAUUUCCGCACGUAAUACAAACAUACUGGAAAUAUGUAAACUUCGCAAGCCUAUAUUUUCCGUAUUUUACAACAUUUCGCAACCAAAUUUUGCUGUUUUACUAAUCCCAUUAUGUUAUUUUUACCUGCAUGUGGUGUUUGAUUCCCUUCUCUUUACUUAGAUUAAAAUUUAGUCUAACAUGCAAGUUGUCCAUUCAAUAGAUCAUUCUUAUAACAACGUCAAACGCGGAAAACCAAUUUAUGCGAUGUCCCACAGGACAAUACAUUUUAUGAAAACAUAAAUUGCAUUGCGAAUUGUCACUAAAAGUUGUCUCUUGAGACAUCGCACCAAGCGUUUUUCCGCGUUUGACGUCAUUAUAAGAAAGAUCUUUAGUAAUGAUGUAUCGCUGUCCAUAACUUGGAUUGCGGAGGUGAUUGGUUAUUUCCAUGAGUAUUUAUAAAUAUGGUGAAAUGUUGUUGAAGUCUUAUAUUUCUCCAUUAUAUAUGCAUUAGAGUUUUGGAGGCCAUUCUUCGGAUGGCAGCAGUCAAUCGAGAUAUGGACUGCAGGAAACUCGGCAAACUGCACGGUUGAGUGUUCGGUGGCCAAGUGGUUAGCGCACUUGCUUUUCACCUCUGAGGUAGCUGGUUCAAGCCUCAGUGAGAACUUUCUCAUUGCGACUCGAACCCAGUCCUCAUGUGAAAAGAGUAAAAGUCAAUGCUCUGCCAAAAGUCGUGCGUUUCCCCCGGGUAGCCCGGUUUCCUCCCACGGAGAAAGUUGACAGGGUGGGUUAGGUAAAAAGGGCCCACAGUAAUUGGCAUAUGCUGUUGUGGUGACCCUGCCCUAGUUGGCAAAGCUAAAUAAAUAAAUUCAACGAGGCGAUAUCAUGGUUACUUAAUUAUGUUAAAAUUGCAUUGUCUUCACAAGUCUGCACAAACAUGAACAAAAAGAUUGAACGUAGAUUUCCGCAGAGUUUCCAGACCGUGUUCUCAUUGAUGCAUGCACAUACAUGACCAGUCUUGAUAUGGGGGAUUAGUACUAUUCGGUAAAGGGAAGGUUAAAUCUGCUUUUGCCACACAUUGUAUAUAUUAAAGCAUUGACAAGCAUUGUAUUUCUAGGCCUAACGUUAAUCUGCUUUUGUAAUAAUUUUCCUGUUCAUGCGUGCAUUUUUUUUGUAGAAUGCAGAGGAAUUAUGUGAAGCUUGAAAAGGCCAUGUCAACACUUCAAUAUUUUACCAAAAGAGGAUGGACGGUAAGAUAUUUUCUUAGCACAGCAAAUUUUUGUGAAUUAUGCAAUUUCUGAUGAAACUAAUUCUGGCAAAGUUGCAAAAGCAGUAUCGAUAUUGCAUUUUAAGAUGUACAUGUCACACACAGUGCUUCCAUUUUCAAAAAACAUAAUUUCCUUCCAACCGUUCGGAAUUUCCUUAUUUUUGAAAAAAUUUCCUUGCAAUAAAAAUUAUUGAAUUUUACCUAAUUUAAAACAGACUUUAUAGUAAUUUAUCUCGAAUAACGGGGUAUUUCUUGUUCUAGAAGGAACAUAGACGUUGCAGGAGCUGAAUUAUCAAAGGGGAGAGACAAAGAGUUUAGUUAGAUUAACGCAGAGGAAAAUAAGGAGGAGGGUCUGGGGGCCCUCCCCCAGAAAGUUUUCAGAUUUUGCAUCUCGCAGACAGGAUUUUAAGCGUAUUUUGAAGCACAUUUCCUUGAAAAUUGCCUUAUUCUUAGGAUUUUUUAAAAAUAAGGCAAUUUCCUUCACAUUUCCUUCAAUCUUCCGAAAUUUCCUUCAAAUUUCCUUCAGAUUCAAAUUUCCUAAUAAUUUCCUUCAACUAGUUCAAAUUUCCUUCAAAAUGGAAGCACUGGUCACACAUAAGUCAUAAACACUACUAUACGCAAAAGUAGAUUUCACAGAACUUGCCACAACUUGGAAAAACAUGUAAAAUAGAUUUUACAAAGAAGUCAAACGAACUUCACAAUAAUUUUUGUUUGAGAAUAUAUAAUCGAGAAAUAUGAACAUCUUAUGUUCGCAAAGAGGAUUGACUUUAUUUUCAGUUCUGAUUCAUUUCUUAUGCGCGUAUUUCCAUGCAAUGAAAAGUUAACCUAAAAUCUUUCUGGCGUAUACCUCUCAAAAUCACUUUGUUGUAGCCUUAUUUUCUACUUUAUAUACAGUGAGCUAACUUUUGCAUCUGGCUGUUGAGAAACAUAAAAUGAUAGGAAAAAAUGUCAUUUAAAAUAAAACUACCAAUGAUGCUUUAAAAUUGAUGCCAUAAUAUUUAUGGCAAUUUAAAGAUGCUGUAAAGUCCGUAAUGUAAACAAACGCUUUGUUUACAUUUUGAACUGCUAUAUUUGUAAAAUAUGAUAUACUAACUGAAUAUCUAACACUUUUCUGGUUCGCUAUGCUUGUAAAUGAAUAUAAACUAAACGUUUCAAUUCAAAAAAGUUCGAAAGAUGCAAAAUUUGGGCAAUGUUUAUAUCUGCGGGUCCCCCUUUGUUAUGAGCAGAACUGAUGCGCAGAACGGACUUUACAGCAUCUUUAAGAAAAACUUACUGAACUUCAGACAUCAUUUUCUCUGUGGUGUACCAUCUAAAAUCGCUUCAUUUUAGCAUUAUUUUACAAAUAAAGCACUAUACUUUUUGAGCUUGUUUGCAUGCCGAUUGAGAAACAUAUAAAAAUUAAAAUUAUACUCAUUAGUUCUCAGCACGUGUUACGUAACAUAAAAAAAAUCAUCUCCUCUUUUAAAAGGUACAUUCUACCAUUUAAAUCUUUUUCCUGCAGUUUAAACCGGAUAACUACAAUAUGCUGCUUUCUGAACUUCAAGGACGUGAUCUUCAGGUAAACCAUGGUAUAUUUUUUAGAUAUUGUCGAUUUCAAGUCACUUUUCAACGCGCGGUCCCCAAGUUCGUUGCAAACUCGCCAAUUACGUUCAAAAAUUGGGCGUGAACUUCGCAACAAAGUUGGCAAGUGCAUGUCAGUGUUUGAACUAUUGUAAUAAAUAAUUAUAAUAAUUAAUGUAAUUAAUACUAUAUAGUUCAAGUUGAAAUUAACAAUUCAAUGGAGAGUUCUUGGUCCAUUAGGCUACCAAGAAGGUUUGUAUUUCAUUGAAUUGGUUAUUAUUAUUGAGUAUGAACAUUUGUUUACAAACGAAGUUCCAAACAUUGAAAUGAACUUGCGAAGUUUGCGCCCAAUUUCCGAACUUGGAAACGUAAUUGGCAAGUUCGAAACGAACAUGGGAACCGCGCGUUGAAAAGUGACUUGAAAUCGACAAUAAAGUUAAGCUUACUUUUACUGUACAAUUUCGGGUAUUGGGCUAGCUUGCAAGUGACGUCACAACACAUAUUUGUUGACGUCCGCCAUUUUGGGUGGCAAAUUAAUAAUAGAUAUCAAAAGCAAACGUGGCGUCAGUUCAAGUCUGUGACACUGACUAUGGCUGUUGCUUUUGUUUGAUGGUCCACAGCUGUGCAGUGGUCGGUUGAAUAAAGAUUUUUACCACCCAAAAUGGCGGACUAUUUUUGAUGAUACGUCAUACUGCAAGACCUGAAUAUAAGGUGUAGACAAUUCAAAAUGGCCAACAACAUAAAACGUAAGCAAGUUUUGCUAACUUUAGGUAUACAGUAUAUAGCUUCUAAUUUACACCAACAGCCUAGUGUUUUUAAUAAGACAUUAGUUAGUUUGACUUCUCUUUGUUACUGCAUGAGUAUUAACCUCUAACAUACAUGCAUGCAUAAAUGUGUUGCAACUUCAGCCUGUCGACAUUAGUCAGCAGUGAGUUCAGCCACGGUUUGCUUACAUUUUGAAAUCAAUGGGAUUUCCUGCAAUCUGAUUGGCUCUUGGCAGUGCGAUUUCAGCACGGAGUGCGAUUUCAAAAUUUCUCGCAUCAGCUUGAGCUGUUUUCGCAUCCUUUUUUUCAACCAAUCAGAUUUAAUUAUAGGAUUCAACCAGCCAAUCAAUUUUAAGAAAAAUGUGAUCAGGCAAAUCAUCAUUCGUUUUAGUAAAAUUCUUAUUUAGUUAUCAAUAUAACUUUAGCUGGCUAAUUAUGUUUGAACAAAGCGAAAAGUAUAGGCUGGGCAAAUCUAAAAAUACAAAUAAUAAUGGGAGGUGUUUUUUGCAAACAAAAAUACUAUUUCCGGUUUUAAAAAAUGUUUUAGAUUUCAAAAUGUAUAUAUAUUAAAGUGGAAAUUGAACUUCGUGUCGUUCAAUUUUGGUCUGAAUCAAACUUGUGAUUACAACUCGCGAUUUUGUAAUCACGCGUUUGAUUUCAGACCAAAUUGCACUCCCUCCACUAAUUAGUUCUCAAUAUAAUAUUUCUUUUUCUUCAGGAGUUCUCAUUUGAUGUUCGUCGUAUUGAGUGGGAUUCAUACUUCAGAGAUUUUGUUAUUGGUGUUAAGAAAUACUUAUUAAAAGAAGAUCCGUCUGACCUGACAGCGGCUAAAAGACGAUUUAAAAGGUCUGUUUUGUUAGAUUAA